AUCAUACAACUGAGGACACAAAACUAAUAUAUAUCCUUCCUGUUAAGUUUUCCAUAGAUAUGGCCAAGUCUUCUAUACUAUGCUUCUUGUUCUUCCUUCUGUUUAUCGUCUCAUUAGGUGGACACAAAAUGGUAGCGGAAGCUAAAAAUUGCUUAAUGACUUGGGAUUGCAGCACUGUGGAGCGCUGCUGGGAUGACUGCAAGAGCCGCUACGGCGGGAAAGGACUUUGUGACCUUAUCCCUACUCCUUUUGUGCCUAAGCAGUGCCUUUGCUCUUAUAAAUGUUGAGAGCGAAGAAAAAAUAUAAAUUAUGAAUAAGUCUUACUAAUAUGAAAUAUCAUAUUAGUCCAUGAAUCAAACCAUACCAACCAUCCAUAUACUACAUGCCUUUCCUUUUUAAGGGGAGACCACUCCUUUGAUGUUGGAUUCGAAUUUUCCAACUCCACAACUAUGGUACCCGAUCAAUUUGUCUUGUCUUGGUGGGCUUGCAAGGCGUCUCAUGCUCUUCAGCCUAAGGCAUCUUACUAGACAUGUUAGGUUGAUGUUCAACCUGAUGUGCUUGCCUCUUUCAGCGUGGUACACUAGGCAUUCUCAACUCUUUUGACUCAUCAAAGAGACCACCACUUGUUUUCUGCCUUAGUUUCCCCGAACUUGACACAUACUUACUCUUCCCAUAUGGUUGAAAAGAUGAGUAUUUGGGUUUAACGAACUGAUGACCACCCAUGUGGCCAACUUCACUCUUUUCAAACCCCAUGUCUUCUCGACUUUUACACUUCACACAAUAACCACCCUUGGCCCUCUAUAGGAGCAUGUCUGGUUGGUGUGUGUCGAGAUGUCUUUUUCAUGCCCCCUUGCCUGCCAUUCAUGUUAGGCAUGUCAUGGGGUUGUUAGGCAUGGACUUGCCUCCUUGGACACCCAUUGACACACUCUCGUAGCUAUGAAACUUGUGGGUUGCUUGAUUGUUUUCCACACUCCAAGGCUUGCCCCUCACAACUUUCUUCACGGUUGGAGACAUGACCCCCGUCCACUAGUUGGAGACAUGUCCCCCAUACCAUUGUUCAUGGUUGUUGACGUGCCCACCUUGCCAUAUUUUUGUCAUAUUAGCAUGAUUACUAAAAGCAUGUGUGGCUUCAUGUUGUGAAUUAUUAGGCACACAUAUCAAUCCACUGGUUGUGGUUGUUGAAGUGCCCCCCCCCCACUCAUUUCUUUAUGGUAGAUGAUAUGCCCCCUACUAUACUGCAUGAGGUUGGAAACAUGCCCCCCUUGCCACACUUAGUCACACUAGCAUUUUUUUUAUAGAAACACAUGUGACUUGUGCUUGUUGUAGCUUCUUGGGAAAAAUUGUCAACUCACUGCUUGUAAUCGAUGGCAUGCCCCCUUGUCGACCAUUCAUGGUUGACAUGCUAUGAUGGGUUUUGCCUCCUUGUCCACUCAUUGACAAGCUGUCGAAGUUUUGGAAAUCAUGGGUGGCAUGGGUAAGCAACACCCGCUUAGACUUGCCACUCACUUCAUUCUUCACGUUUGAUGACAUGCCCCCUGCCCACAGCAUGGAUCCGGAGACAUGUCCUUCUUCCCACACUUAGUUGAAAAUUGUGGUGAGUCCUUAGACAAAUCACAUUUUCUAUUUUUUCAGACAUGAACACACCCCUAGUCUGACAUUUCAACUUUAACUUGUCAUGUGGUAGGCGUCCAUGCCCUCUUUGAUGCCCCCAUGGCGGUUGGCAUCUGCCAUGCUCAUUAAGUAAGAGUGGCAACGACGGUGGACAAGUUUGUGGCGGUAGUCGAGUAUGCCAAUAUGAUCUUAAUGAGGUGCGGGGCUUUGCAUCUGACAUUCGUUGGGCUUCCCUCUUCGGGAGCCUGCGUCCGGGCGUUUUUGUGCAAUAAACCCCUCCGGCUGAAGACUAGUGGUAGGUGGUCCCGCGGAGCUUUCGGAGAAGGGUAGCCUAGUGUGUAAGCACAGCAAUGAACCACAUCCGGUGUA